CAUAUGGGACACAAAGUUUGUAAGUGUGUCUUACAGAAGUGGCAGACGGCUUUAAAACAGGAAAAUUAGGAGCGAUGCCUUUUUUUUUAAUGAAAUACAUAUUUCUGUAUACAUUUUUUGACAAAGAACAUAAUAAAUAAGGUAACCUACGCCAGUUUGCCAAAGAAUUCUCGGUCUUCAUAAAGACCAGCCCACAAAUGAGUACAUAUUAAAGCUCAUAAAAAACAACACAUCUCAGGAGAAGAGACCCUUCAGUGGACAAAAACAGCACUUGAGCUUAAUGAUCGGAGCAAAAUAAACAUGCAGCUUGAGACUGAAGAAAACCAUCUAGAUGAACCCCCAAAGCACGUUCAUGUACAACUGGAAAGGAAGGCAGAUAAAGGUGUGAACAUCAGGAAGAGUCUGAAAGCAAAGUUAACAAAGAAAUGCACCUGUUCUGCCAAAAAGGCCAAGAAGACUGUCACAGGUUUUUUCCCUGUAAUACGAUGGCUUCCAAAAUACAACUUCAAAGAAAACACAUGGGGAGAUGUGAUGUCAGGGCUUAUAAUUGGCAUUAUCUUAGUGCCCCAAGCCAUAGCUUACUCCCUGUUAGCAGGCCUGCAACCAAUAUACAGCUUAUACACAUCAUUCUUUGCCAAUUUAAUAUAUUUCGUAAUGGGGACCUCUAGACAUGUGUCUGUGGGCAUUUUUAGCUUGAUUAGCCUAAUGAUUGGCCAAGUUGUGGAUCGAGAAGUGCAGCUGGCAGGUUUUGACCUGGAUGAUGAUGCUAUCCAUGGAAGAGAAGGAAUAAAUGGCAGCAGCAUCAUGAACAUAACAUCAGUCAACAUUAGUUUGGGCCUAAUGGACAUUGAGUGUGGAAAGGAGUGCUAUGCUAUUAGUGUGGCAGCUGUACUUACAUGCAUGGCGGGGAUCUAUCAGGUUCUCAUGGGAAUAUUUCGACUGGGUUUUCUUUCCAUAUACUUGUCAGAGCCAAUGUUGGAUGGUUUUGCAACAGGUGCCUCACUUACAAUUUUAACAGCACAAGUGAAAUAUCUCCUUGGACUAAAAAUCCCACGCAGUCCAGGUAUUGGAAUGUUGGUAACAACAUGGUUUAACAUAUUUAAAAAUAUUCACCAUACUAAUUAUUGCGAUGUGAUCACAAGUGCCAUAUGUAUUGCAGUAUUAGUGGCUGCCAAAGAGCUUGGGGAUCGUUACAAAGACAAAAUAAAGAUUCCCCUGCCAACUGAACUAGUUGUAAUUGCAGUGGCCACACUUGUGUCACACUACUGCAAUCUAAAUGAACUCUAUGGUUCAAGUGUUUCAGGAGUAAUCCCAACAGGAUUUAUACCACCAAAAGUACCCGAUUUUGGUCUAGUGAGCAAAAUAGCAGUGGAUGCUAUUCCUCUUGCAGUCGUUAGUUUUGCAUUUACAAUAUCCUUGUCUGAAAUGUUUGCCAAGAAGUAUUCGUAUACAGUGGAAGCUAACCAGGAGAUGUUUGCCAUUGGCUUCUGCAAUAUAAUUCCAUCAUUUUUCCACUGCUUUGCCACCAGCGCGGCUCUUGCUAAGACACUUGUAAAGACAUCAACAGGGUGCAAAACACAAGCUUCCAGUGUGGUUAGCGCUAUUGUGGUCCUGCUGGUUUUGCUUUUCUUUGCCCCAUUAUUUUACUCACUACAAAAGUGUGUUCUGGCCUGUAUAAUAAUUGUCAGCUUACGUGGUGCCCUCAGAAAAUUUAAAGAUUUGCCAGCUCUAUGGCAGCUAAGCAAAAUAGAUGCAACCAUCUGGGUUGUCACUGUUGCUGCUUCAGCUCUAAUCAGUACAGAAGUCGGCCUCAUGGUAGGGGUGAUCUUUUCAAUGUUAUGUCUCGUUGUACGAACUCAGAUACCUCACACAACCACACUCAGCCAGAUACAGGACACUGUCUUUUAUGAGGAUGGGAAUAAAUAUGAAAACCUUUCACCUAUACCCAGAAUUAAAAUAUUCCGCUUUGAAUCUCCACUUUACUAUGCAAACAAAGACUACUUUCUCCAGUCUGUGUACAAAAUGGCUGGAAUGGAUCCUGGUCUUGAAAUUAUAAGAAGAAAAAAAAUGGAAAAGAAAGCAAAGAAGCAGAAAAAAAGGAAACAGCUAGAGGAUGGAAAAAGCAUGGAUAACAACGACAACCAUGAUAUUCAAAUAAAGCUUGUAAAUCACAAAACUGACUUGCAAACAAUUAUUCUUGAUUGUUCCUCAAUAGCCUUUUUAGACACAUCUGGCAUCAAUGCCUUAAAGGGAUUGCUGAAGGAUUACAAAGAAGUACAGAUCAAUGUUUUACUGGCUUGUUGCAACACUUCUGUUAUCGAUGCCCUUAGCAGAGGAAGCUACUUUGGAAAACAAAACAAGGAUAUUCGUAAGAUGCUCUUUCACAGUGUGCAUGAUGCAGUUCAGUUUGCAAGUGAGAAAGAAUUGGCUUUAACAGACUCAACAGUAUAGACACUGAAAAACCUUGAAGCAUUUCUACCUACUUGGCAUUAAAGUAUUGACUUUAAAGUAUUGACAGUGAGAC